AUGCCUCAACCAAAGAAGAACGAGCACUCAAAGAAGAAGAAGAACAAGCACUCAGAAUCCUCCGGGAUAGCUAUUACAGCAGCUACAUCUGCUGCGUCCACCGACUUAACUGAACCAUCCACUGUGCCCUCCGAAAUGCCACCUGCUCUGCCUAAGUUUGAAUUUGAACGUCAUAACCCUUUCGCUCCGAAGGCAUCAUUUUCAUCCGCCGAGAUGAUUGACAAAAUAUUAAAAGAUAAGGCGAUAAUGACUGAGGAAGAAUAUUAUAAGAAGUACCCUUCCUAUAAGAAAGACCCUAAUAUCAAGGGUGUUUCUGCCAGUGUUGCGAUGAAAUUUUUAAUGGAAGAAUUCGGGUCAAUUUAA